AUCACGUUGGAUUUUACCAAACAAAGGCCGUAUCUUUCCAAAUGCCACAGUUGUUCAUUUGCUUGGCUAUUUUCUUCAAUUUUUUUAACCGUUUAGUAAUUCCAUUAAAACUAAAUUAUUCUCACCACGUUCUUCUCUACAGUGGACUGAAAAGAUGGGGAAACAGAUUGUGAAAGGAUGAUUUUAUAGAACACAAGAAGAGGCUACAGAAAGGCCAGAGCAACUCUCUUCUCUUCUCUUCUCAUCUCCUCAUUCAGAAACAAACCAGCUUGUUUUCGGUGUAUUUCUGUGUUUUGCUUCCAUUUAAUGUCUAUGCCCUUAGAAGAACAUGAUUACAUAGGCUUGUCAGAGGUUUCCUCAAUGGAAAACUCUGAGAAACUGACUCUUUCCUUGGGAAAUAAUGAGAGGAAGAAAGGCCUGAACUUGAAGGCCACAGAACUGAGGCUUGGCUUGCCGGGUUCUUCUUCGCCGGAGAGGGACGCCGGAGAUGGGCCGGAGAGCUUGUACCCAACAAAGGGUUUGGUUUCUGGGGCCAAGAGGGGCUUUUCUGAUACCAUUGGUGGGGGAUCCGGCAAGUGGAUUUUCUCGGGGAACUGUGGAUCCGAGCCAGAUUUGGCCAGGAAUGGUGGUUUGUUGUCUCCCAGAGGUGUCAAUGGCGGAGGAAAAAUUGUUUCUGUGCCCGAGAAUGGCUCUCAGCAGACUCACAUGACUUCCAAAGAGGCUGUGCCACAGUCACCAAAGCCUGUGCUUGAGAAGAAGCCUCAGGUUUCUACUGCGAAUGGCCGUGGCAGUUCUCCAUCUUCAAAGGCGCAGGUUGUAGGAUGGCCUCCAAUUCGAUCUUUUCGGAGGAAUUCAAUGGCUAGUAAUCAUCCGAAGAAUGAGGAUGAUGCCGAUGCCAAGUUGGGAUCUGGUUGUAUCUAUGUCAAGGUCAGCAUGGAUGGUGCUCCAUACCUGAGGAAGGUCGAUCUAAAAACCUACAAAGGCUACAAAGAAAUGUCUUCGGCACUUGAGAAGAUGUUCAGCUGUUUUACUAUUGGUCAAUGUGGAUCUCAUGGAGUUUCAAGCCGUGAUGGACUGAGCGCUAGCAGAUUGAUGGAUCUUCUCCACGGUUCCGAAUAUGUUCUUACCUACGAAGACAAGGAUGGCGACUGGAUGCUUGUUGGGGAUGUUCCAUGGGAGAUGUUUGCAGACUCUUGCAAGAGGCUGAGGAUCAUGAAAAGCUCUGAUGCAAUUGGUCUAGCCCCUCGAGCUGUUGAGAAGUGCAGAGUUCGCAAUUAGUGCCUAAUCUUGCUGCAAAAGGGAUCGAUUUCGGCUCAGGAAGGAAGAAAUUGGAGACUGCUGCAACCUGAAAACUGGAAAGCUUGAGGUUUUAGUGUUGCACAUCGUGUUUAUUAUGUGUUCUAUAAGUAGUUGGUAUACUGAAACUCUCUAGUAGCAAUAGAUAUAUUCCUAUUGACAGUGUUUCUAGGUUUUCUGGAUGUGUCCUGGUGUCCUUGCCUCUUGCAUUCUCUGUAUUCUGACUGCUUGCUGCUGAGAGGUUAGAAGAUUACAUAUGUAAAUGGUUUGUUGUUGCAAUAAAUGGUAGUAUCUUUUCCGAUGAUCCUUAAA